GCCCCUUUCUCUCGUUGCCUUUCCCCCCUCUUCUCUUUCUCGAUCUUUCGGCAUGGAUCUCACUGCGCCGUGAAACAGGGAGAUCCUCGUGCGCACACCACAGCAGCGCAGUGUCAGGUUGCCGCCGCUCGAUUGGCCCUUCAGACGUACGAGGCAAAACACAUACACAUACUCCGACAUCAAAACUAAAUUCCUCACUUGUAGCUCAGAGGCAUUGGUCUCUCUCUCUCUCUUUUCUACAAGCAUGAACGCUACCGCGACGAAUGCUGCGGCCGCACAGCAGCCAGCAUCCAAGGCGCAGGAGCAGAUCACGCACCUCCCGCGUUACUUCCCCACGGCGUGUCCGCAAUGCGCCGCGCAGACCGACGCCUUCUUUCAGUGCUUUGAGAAGCACGCGGUGAUGAUGAAUGAACACGACGUGGUGACGGCGCAUAACUCGCUGCAACACUGUCAGCCAGAGUUGCGGGCGUACAUGACGUGUAUGGAGAAGUACAUUGCCAAUAAGGAUCGACCGUGGUGGAAGUUCUGGUGA